AUGACCUCUCUCAAAUCAACUAAUACGGUCACUGUCUUCCGGGGUCAGACCGAACCUGGAUGCUACGUCUGGUCACCCUUCGUCACAAAGCUCGAAGCUCGCCUUCGAUUUGGAAAAAUUGCCUACCGCACGGAAGCAGGCUCUGUUCCCAAUGCCCCCAAGGGCAAGGUGCCGUACAUCUCCAUCGAAGACGAUGAUGGCACAACACUGCUUUCCGACUCCGGGCUCAUAACCAAGGAGUUUAUCAAGUCUGGAAAGCUGGAAGAUCUCAAUCGUAACCUUUCCAGCACUCAAAAACUCCACGACAUUGCCCUCCAGGCCCUACUUGAGGAUAAAUUAUAUUUUUACGGGACGCACGAGAAAUGGUGCCAGAACUACUACGCAAUGCGCGAUAAGGUCCUCGGUACCCUCCCAUGGCCUGUCAGGGUUAUUGUGGGAAACAUGGUCUACAAUAAGAAUGUGCGCAACAUGAUGGGCCAAGGCACAGGCAAAUUCAGCGAACAAGAGAUCGCUGCAUUCCGUAUUGAGAUCUGGGAUAUGUUGAAUGCGACAAUUUCUGAGUCCCAUGCCCAGCAUCGUGGCAAAGAGGGGCCGUUCUGGGUAUGGGGUGGUGAUGCGCCGACUGAGGCGGACGCAGUUGUUUAUGGAUUUGUUGUAUCGGGGUUGACGUGUGGCCCGGCUGCUCCCAUCACAAAAGGCAUUAUCAAAGGCCAUCCUGCUCUUGUGGAGUAUGCUCGUCGUAUUCACGAUACAUUCUUUCCGGAUUAUGAACUUCAGGAGUAG